AUGCCGCCCUUUUCCCUGCUCGACGAUGUAUCGGUGGUCGAGGAAAUCGGUGUAGUGCUGAAUGACAACGAAGAAGAUGAUGACGAGGACGACAGACUGCUAGUAGACGUGCUCGAAUCACUGGAGGUUGAAGUUAUGAUUGUAAUUGUUGACAAUGAGGAGGAGGAGGAGUCUGUGGUGCUCAGUGAGAAUGACGAAAAACUGCUGGCAGAAGUGCUCGAAGCACUGGAGGUCGGAGUCAAAGUAGUGGUUGAUGACAAUGACGACGACGAGUCCGUGCUACUCGUUGAAGAUGACAAACUACUAGUUGCAGACGAACUUGAGUCGCUGGAGGUAGGUGUUGCACUGCUUGAAGAUGAGGAUUCAGUACUACUAGCUGAGCUUGUCGAGACGCUGCUGGAGGAGCUCGAUAUAUCGGAUGUGCUUGAUGAAGAGCUGCUGGAGGAGCUUUCGGACGACGUAGUAGCUGACGAAGAGCUUGGUGUCAUGGUGGAUGAUGGAGACAUGGAAGAGCUUGACAUGCUGCUUGUGGCAGGGACUUCUCCCGAGGAAGUCGAGGAGCUGCUUGAUACCGUGGACGAGGUGCUUGAAGUGGCGGAGGGCUCAGUCGAAGUACUAGAUGAGCUACUCGAGCUCGUGCUGGAUACAUCGCUUGUGGUAGAUGAUGAUGUGCUCGCACUACUGGACAAGCUGCUAGAUGAGCUGCUUGAGCUAGUAGACGAACUACUAGAUGUUGCAGAUGAAGAGCUGGAGGAACUGGAUACAGUCGGUGAGCUGGAUGAAGCUGGCGUGGUAGACGAGCUAGACGAGCUGCUACUGUCGCUCGAGGAUACUAAAGAGCUUCCCGUGCUGGAAGAGCUACUUGAGGUCGUGGGUGAAGAGGUAGAAGAACUUGUUAAAGUUGGCGUGCUCGACGAGCUACUUGACUCGGUCGACGAUACCGAAGAACUUCCUGUGCUGGAUGACGAAGGAGCCGAGCUUGACGAACUAUCUGAGCUUGUGGAUGACGAUGUACUUGAGAUUGUGCUGCUGGAAACAGUACUGAACACCGAUGAGGAGGAAGUCAUGCUCAAAGUUGAAGAACUCAUGGAAGACGACGGUGUAAUGGUUGGGCAGGACGUCCCAGUGAUCGUGACGCUGGUAUACGUUGUAGUCUCAAUAUCUGUCACAGUCUAUAACAUGAUCAGCCAUUACCCAUUGCACACUGGAGAAAAGCUUACGGUUCCAAGAUAG